AAUGCCCGUUUGUGGCCACAGCAGAAGAAGAAGCAACUAAAACGUCAAAACAAGAACGAAAGUUAAGAGUCUCUCUGUUUUUCAGCUCGGUUCUGUUUGCUGUGGUGGCAAAAACCGGAUAACAAACCGAACUGUAUCAGCUGGUAAUCUGGAUUUUGCUAUGGUGAGGUUUUGAGCAGAGACUGAGCUCUGAGGAUUCACUCUGAAUAUCAGAGAUCAGACAUGUAGUCGAGCUCCGCCCAGACGCACUGCGCUCAUCCUGCGUGUAUAAUUCCCCUCGUCACGGUGGGAGAAUGUAGACCACCAUCACUGUUAUCACCGUUCAGGACGCUUCACCAUCUCCAAAAGAGCAUUUUCACUAUUUUCACUCGACUACGAACACCGCUCUACCACCAGUUUUACAAGAACACAAAACAAAGGUUUUGUGGGGCAGAGCUGUUUGUCAUGAGCCUGCAAGACCAAAUUAAGAAGGAUUUCCUUCUUCCUGACCUGAGAAAAGAUGGUGCAGUGAAAUAUCUCGAGAAGAUCAGCAAUGUGGUUACGAAGUAUUGCCAUAAGCAGAUUGAACUAAAAAAGGUGGAAAAAUAUAAAUUCAGGAUUGGAUCCUUCAAAGACACAUCAUACAGGGAUGAACCUGACCUUUUAGAGGAGUGGGAGCAGUUCUAUCUUCCAGAUCACAUGAAAGUGGAGGUGAUCGGGUUUCUAGAGGAGUUCCCGUGUAAUGCAGACAGUGCUGAGCUGGUUCUUAUGGUGUGUGAGGAUGGGAAAGUGUUUGCUUAUGAAGAUGAGCGGCUGCAUCUGGUGGCCAACGAUCUGAAAGAGCUCUUUGAGUGCGGAGUCCAGUUUCCAGGCGCCAAGUACUACUACCGUGGCCAAAGCUUUGAAGAUAUGACAGAUGAUGACUGGGAUAAGGUGAAAAAAUCUGAAGCAGUGAUGGCAAGCACCAAAGAACACCAGGAUAUGCUACAGUGCAUGAAGGCGUCCUACUUGGAAAGCUUGGAGAUUAUCAAACAGAGACAGCAAAGAGAGUCGUGCUCCACUGUGCAGGGUCAGAGGCCAGUUGGAUCAGUGAAAGUUUAGUAAGCGAUCAAGGUGUGGUCCUGUCAUGGUCAGAUUUCUGUUUGCUUUAAGAAGUAACAACAUUGUAGUCUCCAAAGCAAACAUAUUGAAAUACAUAUUUAUUUUGUUCAGUUUUUUAACCUAAUCAAUAUGCAUGAACAUUUAAGCUCUGGUUCUCCAUUGUAAAUACUAUUUACAUAUAACGUUUACCAUAUGAAAUCCUGCAUCUCGCUGUAAUGUUAGGAGGCUCAUCAAGUCUUUGAUAAGCUUUAUUGUGUGUGUAUGUGUUGCCUAUCUGUGUUACAGUCAUUAUGGACAAAUUUAGUGUAAACCGAUAAUGAAAAAAUAAUUAUUCUAAUGGCUACAAUAAAGAAAAAAAUCCACAUGA